AUGGAUGCUGUUAUCCCUCAUUCCAUUGCCUCCCUUGCUGCCCUCGCUGUGGCUGCCAGCUAUCUGAACGCCAGUCCGGGAACAGCGAUGAAGACGAGGCCAUUUGAGGUCGACCAAUUCGCAGGGCUGCUGCAUGCUCGCGGCAUCAGGAUCGGUGAUGUGGUAGGGGUGUUCAUGACGAACUCUCCUGAAAUGGUCGUAGCUAUUCUCGCCCUCGCGAAGUUAGGUGUGGUGGUGGACCUAAUCAAUACAAAUCAUAGAGACGACACAUUUGUUUGCGCGCUGGACUUAUCCCACCCAAGAUUCAUACUGUCUACUCCUGAUCUGUCUCAGCAUGCCAAAGUUGAUCUCCCGCACAUAUGCCUUGCUUUAUCAUCUUUUGCUGUAUCCGCAGAAACGCCGAUUCCACCUAAAGUCGAAUUGAUUGGUUUAAAUGACCUCCAGAAUGCUAGCCAUGUUAAUCUCGUGCCGGCCAAACGUAGCCUCACGGAUAUGGCUGUUCUCAUAUGCACAUCUGGAACAACGGGAGAACCGAAAGCUUGUGUAAUUCGAAAUGACAUAUUGUGGGCUACUUCUACCCCUUUCACCGGAGAUAUGAGGGACCCUUCGAAAUACCACCCAUUGCGGACAUAUUCCUCACUUCCCCUGUUCCACAGCACCGCCUUCUUAGCGGGCCUAUGUUACACCCUGGGGUCCUCAGGGACUUUCUGCUUAGCUCGAAAGUUCUCUGCGACGACUUUCUGGGAAGAUGUCAAAGAGUGCAGAGCAAACCGCAUUCUUUAUGUGGGCGAGCUCUGCCGUUUCCUCCUCGCUGCCCCUCCCUCUCCGUACGAUCGAUCUCACUCCGUCACACAUGCCUUCGGCAACGGCCUCCGCGAGGACGUUUGGGAUAAAUUCAAGGAACGCUUCGGGGUCCGGGAGAUACGCGAAGCUUAUCGUGCAACCGAAGCUGUAGCUAAAUUUGAAAAUGAUGGUCGUUCAGCAGCUGGCAAAGGCAAAGUAGGUUUUGCAGGGCCUCUCAAGCGAUACUUCGAGGAUGUGACUUUUGUUGUCAAAUAUGAUCCGGAGAUGCAGAUGCCUGUUCGGGAUCCGAAUACGGGGUUUUGUAUCAAGGCAGACCCGGGUGAAGAAGGAGAGGUGAUUGGACGCGUCUCGGAUUUGAGCCUACUAACGACCUAUCUGAAUGAUGAUGCGGCGACUGAAGAGAAACUGUUGAGAGAUGUGUUCCGAAAAGGAGACUUGUUUCAGCGGAUGGGUGAUCUGGUAAUGCGUGAGGAAUCUGGGUGGGUGAAAUUUCAAGAGAGAAUUGAUGAUAGGUUUCGGUGGCAAGGCCAGAAUGUGAGUACUGGGGAGGUACGGAGCCAAAUCUGCAUGAUGCCUAAUGUGAUGGACGCUGCAGUGUUUGGAGUAAAGCUUGAUAGUUAUGAGGGCAAAGUUGGAGGAGCUGUCAUUGCCUUAUACUUACGCACUGAAGCGUCAGAAACUGAGUUUAUCAACUCCCUCCGCUCUGCUCUUGUCAAAAGCGGGCUCCCAUACUACGCCCUGCCGCGUCUUGUACGAAUGGCCAAUAGCAUCGUAACGGGUGUCACUUUCAAACAGAUCAAAUCAGUUAUGGAGAAGUUAAGCUGGAAUCCCAACACUGUUCCUACACCUGAAAAAAGAUCAGGUGAUGAAGAGGAAGAUCUAAGAAGGGAACUCGUGCAUGAUACGCUGUACUGGCUUAAUCCUGCGAGAGGGUAUCAGAGGCUAGAUGCACUGGCUUGGAGUGAUAUACAGUGGGGCACGGCGAAAUUGUGA